GCUAUUAUUAUUAUUAUUAUUGCUAUGUCCCUUCUGAGGGCGAGUCGCUUGCCGGCCUCGGGAGCCAAGAGGAAGCCGCCCAAGAAGGCGAGGAGGAAGAAGCAGGACUGGGACAACACUGUUCAUGAUCUCACCGUGCAUCGUGCAACUCCUGAAGAUCUCGUACGACGCCAUGAGAUGCACAAGUCAAAGAACAAAGGCAUUGUACACUUUGAACUGCAAGAAAAAGCACUGAAGAGCAAAUGGAAGAAGCAGAGACCAAGAGUUCCAGAAUCUCUAGAAAAAAAGAAACUGGCCUUGAUGAGAGAGAUUCUUUCUGAUCAGUACCAGUUACAGGAAGUCCUGGAGAGAUCUGAUCAGGCCAUGGCUGUGGUGAAGGAUCUAUUUGGAGAUGCCCCUCGCAGGCAUUUAGGUUUCCCAAAUGUGACUGUGGCUCCUGAUUAUGAUGUAGAAUCCUCUCAAGGUCCCAUCGUACAAAAAUGUGAUCCCCACACACAGCUCUCUCUUCUUAGUGAUUCUGUCAUGGAUCCACAGGCUCUCAAUGAAGUAGAAGGAGAAAAUUAUUUGAUGUGCAAGACAAACAGUGAGAACGAUACGUAUUUGAGCUUCAGAUCUGACACUGAUACAGAGAGGAUGCUUCACCUUCUGAAAGAAGAAAACUCUGUGGCCGGUGGCCAGCAUGAAGUUUCUAAGCAACAAGUAUCAUCACAGGAAGUCUAUGUGCUUUCAACCCCAACAACAAAUGUUCAGCCAUUGGGAUCCACAGCCCUUAAUGCUACUAAUGUAGUCAAGAAAGUCCACUCAAAACUUCGGUAUGAAGAGCAGACUCCAGAUGCCACAUACAUUGUGCAGCAAGUACUGAACGCCAAUGUAAGGAAGCAAAAGCAAACCACAAAAGUGAAGAAGAAGCAAAGUGUGCAGACCCCGGAAGCACAGAAGAGGAGUAACUCGAGUGCUGCUGCAGCUUCCCUUGACCUUGAGCCCAAUGGCAACAAAUCCAGCCUUGAGGUCUUGAACCAAAUGGUGCGCGAUAUGGAGAAUGAAAUGGAGGAAUAUGAGAGAUGGAUGGGCCAUGAAGUCCAGCAAGUCCACAGCAGCCAAGGUCUCUCUGGAUUUACCCGCUCGCUGGUGAACGCUCUGUGUCGGGUUCUGCGCUAUUUGAAGGAGACUGAGACAAGGCUGCGUCAAGAAAAGCUGAACAGGCAGCAGCUUGAAGGAGAGCUAAGUGAACACAGGGCCCUCAUUGAUGCUCUAACUGCUGAAGUCCUCCUGGCGAGAGAAGAAAAUAUUGCUAUGCAGAAUAAGUUUCAGCACUACACGGUUGUAACAGAUGAACAACUGACUUCACUCACAUGUGCAUUUAAAGGGCUUCCCAUUACAGAUUCUGGAGAACUUUCAGUCAGGAGUCCUGAGGCAGCUCAAGAAAAAUGCCUCUCAAACUACGUUGGGCCAAAGAGAAAUACACAAGUGGAUAUUCCCAAUAAAGCCCCAGUGUUUCCAAAUCCUUUGGAUAAAAUGCAUCCAACCCCAUCUUUACCAGCUUGUUUAUUCCAACCAGCUGUUUUGUUAUCUCCACCACAACAGAAGAGCAGUCAGGCAUUCCCUCCUCUUCAGAAUGACUCCACUGGGAGAGAAUCAGAAGGAGAGCAAAAGUCCUCUCUGUCGAACAAGCCACAGACGGUGGAAGAGGAUGGCAGUUUGUUCACCCAGAAAGGUGCUGGCCUUUUGCAGAGUUCUGUACAGCCAGAUGGCCAGCCGUUAGCAAGUGCCUUCUCUGCGGUGCCAAGCCAAAGCCCUGACGGCUUUUCAGAGAGGCCUAAUUCUGAUGUGACCAUGAUUCUCACCCAGAGUGAUGAUCUGCAGGGACAAAUAGCUGAGCUAACACUCCAGAACACUGUCAUUAAAGCUCAGCUGAGCAAAUUCAGGCAUUGCCCUCAGGAGGCAUGGGAUAUUUUGCAGCAGCCAUUUUCGGCGCAGAGUGGAUCAGUGCUAGAGGGGCAGGGACAUGGUGAUGCCGUAAGCAGCUUGAAAGAAUUACCAAGGAGCUUGGAUGAACGAAUAGCUGAACUGAACCGCCAGAGUGCAGAAGCACGCAGCAAACUGGUGCAGCUGACCAAUCAGCAAACGUUACCAACAUUCGUCUCUGUGUCUCCGCCAGUUUCACCAAUUCCAUCACCACCCGUAAAUCUGCUUGAAAACGGAAAGAGAAGAACAAUUGAGGUGUCUGUUCCAGUUGCAGAAAUUCUGGAUAGUUCCAAAGAAAAUAGUCCUUCUCCCGCCAGUGGAUCCAGUACAAAGAGAUCUGCAGAUGUGUCUAGCCAGGUGUGCUUACCACUAAAUACCUCAGUGGGAAAUGUACAGUUGACUUACGACAGUCAUAGAAUAAAGCCUAAAAAGCAAGGAGAAGAUGGCUGGUUUGCCUUGUCAACACAUAUUGGUUAGCCCCAAGCCCAGAUGUUGUCGUAAAAGUGUUUUAACCCUUAUAAAGUUCUAGAACAGGGGUGGCAACUCGUGGACCUCCAGAUGUUGCAUUGGCCGUGACAGGAGUUGGGACGUCUGGGGGCCGCCCCUGUUCUAGAGCCUUUUCUGCCAGGCCAUGGACAAGGUCAGUCCUGCUGGUUCUGCUGAGGUCUUUCCACAUCUGUGGCUAUGUGCUUCUCGUCCAUAUUACAGUUGAACAUGGUCUUGGACUUGUGUCAUGUGUGCAGUCUGGAGUACAUUAGGCACUUGAAACAAGCAGUGUUGCAAAGGCAUCUGUGUGCAACAGAAUUGUGCGGACAACUGCUUGUGUCAUUCCUUUGACGUGAACCACAGAAGGAUGGAGCGGCUCACAUAGACAACUUGCUGUGCAGCUGCCUCCAGGCUAUUGUGUUUCCACAUUGCUGGCCUCAGCAUCCAUUGGAAACCAUGGGGGCUCCUGGAUUUGUCCUUUGUUCUUUGAUACUCAUAUCUGAAACAUUCGGUGUUGUAUGAAAGAGGAAACUGUAAUUGAUAAUUGAUGUAUGCAGUUAAUAUAAGAAGAUCAAGGCAAUGUUUUAACCCUGUUAAUGCUGCUGAGCAAAUACUUUCUGGAACUCAAGUAUUUUUUAAAUGGUUGUAAUAGUGAUAGGCUUUAUAUCACAUAAAGCAAAUCCCUGGACUGGAA